UGAUACACCAAACAACUCAAAUCCGAUAACUGUAGAGAGUACUGUAAAUACCGUAAUCUCGCGAUAAUUACAUAAUCUCGCGAUAAUUACAUAAAUAAGAUCCACCGACGAGAUUUUCCACAAUUGUGUCAGUAUUUUCCACUUGAAAUGUCACGAAAAAUCGGAAUAGUCGGCAGUGGCCUCAUUGGCCGCUCAUGGGCCAUGUUGUUCGCCAAUGUGGGCUACCAGGUCGUCAUUUACGACAUUGAGCCCAAACAAAUCAAGUCGGCUUUAGUCGACAUUGAGCAACAAUUGAAAAAUUUGGAAAAAAACGGACUUUUACGCGGGAAAUUGAACUCGAGUCAACAGUUUGCAUGCAUCAAAGGCACGACCAGCUUGGCCGAGGCCGUGAAAGACGCCGUUUUGGUCCAAGAAUGCGUCCCUGAAAACCUAGAAUUGAAAAGAAAAGUCUGGAAAAGCGUGGAUGACGUCGCAGGUCCCAACACAAUUUUCUCAAGUUCAACGUCGACUUUUCUCCCGUCAUUAUUUUCCGAUCACCUCAAAAACAAGAAAAACAUAGUGGUUUCGCACCCAGUAAAUCCCCCUUAUUAUGUGCCCCUUGUAGAGAUUGUGCCAGCCCCAUGGACUGACCCGGCAGUUACUAAAAAAACUCGCGCUAUUAUGGAGGAAAUCGGGCAAACUCCCGUUUCCCUCUCCAAGGAAGUCCCCGGUUUCGUGGUCAAUCGACUCCAAUACGCCCUUUUGAACGAAACUUGGAACCUCGUCUCCGAUGGAGUCCUCGACGUCAAAGACAUCGAU